GGGGGGGGGGAUGGGGGAGGGGGAGGAUGCGCUGUUUACGUUGCGGGACAGCGGUGAGGGCUGUUUAACUGUGUGACAUCCCUCCGGUGCGUUUUUUUUUUCUGGCCUUUUGUUCAGAUCCCGUCAUGGAUCCGGAGAAAACGCUGACGUUCUGCCACGGGCUGCAGGCCGAGGAGAUGACUAUGUCCCUGCAGGGUCUGGUUGCGACCGAAGAUGCCACGGUGCCCAUAAAGGAGAUUGACAUGAGCACAGUCGAUAAGGUGGUGAGGCACCACGGGGCCUCUGGCAGCCAGCCUGUCAUCAGCCCCAAGUACUGUCCUGGAGUAAACAACAAUCCAGGUUAUCUGUGUGAAACUGGGCACUGCUGUGGAGAGACGGGCUGCUGUACCUACUAUUAUGAACUCUGGUGGUUCUGGCUGCUGUGGACUGUGCUUAUCCUCUUCAGUUGUUUCUGUGCUUACCGCCACCGCCGAGCCAAGCUGAGAAUCCAGCAGCAGCAGAGACAGAGAGAAAUCAAUCUGAUUGCUUAUAACGGAGCAUGCAACUAUCCCUCCUCAAUGUUGGACCUCAGUUUUCUGACUUCCCUGAAGUUGCCCUCCUACGAGGAGGUAGCUGCCCAGCCCAGCACCCCUCCCCCGCCUUACAGCUCCGUCUUUGCCCUCCAGGCAGGUACAUCAGGGGGUCCCAGCACCUCCAACCCCCAUCGUCACCACCAACGCCACCCCUGCCCUCCUUACCUGGGGCCCGGCCCAAGCGCUCUGACCUCCUCUCAGAGCUCUGACAACUACACCAGCUGCUCCUGUGAGUCCUGCUCCUUUACCUCCCCCUCCAGCACCUCCUUUUCUGUGCAGGUGACGGAUGGGACCUACGACAGCAGCCACAACUCCACCCCCAGCGAGGCAGGGGGCGACUUUGCCGUCUUGCCAAGCGUCGGGGCGAGCUUGAGACCGUCCCCUUCCCCCUUACUCCCUCCCCAAGCUCCUCCAGAUGCUAUCCCCACAUCCACACCUGAUGCCAUACCAGUGCUGACAUGUUUUCCCAAUGGCUGUGAAGAAGUGUCCUGUCCUGCUCCUCUUUCUUUUUCUUCCCACUCUCGCCCUGCACACCCUUCCCGCCUCCCACUCUCCCCCUUUGUCCAGUUGUGCCCCAUUCCUCCUCGUCAAGUCCAUCCUCUCGUUCCUUCAGAAGAAGCUGGCGCUGUGGCCGCUCAUAAAGUUGUCUCCUCUCACGGUCAGGUGUCCAGGCUCACCCCUUCUCCCUCGACCCAGACCUGCCACAAGUCAGACGCGAGUGUUUCUGUGCACACAAACAACAAAGAGGAGCAAAAACAUGAAAGGGAACUGGAUGACGAAGAAGAAGAAGAUGAUGAUGAGGAGGAUCAUUUCCGGCAUCGCCGACUUACAGGUGACUCGGGCAUUGAGGUGUGCCACUGUCAUGUGAAGAGAGGGGAGGCGGAACUACAAAAAGGGCUCGUCGAUGAUGGAAGAAAAGAGGUUGGGAAGGAGAAGGGAAGCCCCGACACGAAGCCCCUGGUGCAAACACCUUUAUCGGACAACUGUGAGGAAUGGCUCGGUGGGGUCCCGUCAUCCUCCAGUGUCAGCCAUAAAGCUGGCGAAGCCAUCAUCACCAUGGAGUCCUCGUAAGUCGAAAGAAAGGAAACUUUUUGUCAAGGAAGAGGGAAAAGUAAGGCCGAGACUAGUAAGUGAGAAGUUGAAUCACUGAAGAGAAGUCUUGCAGAUCUUGCUGUAACAGUUGCAAGUAGAGCAACGGGAAAAAAUAUUGAAGCCGUUUGAGGAGAAACCAAGAAAACAAGGAAAGUGACUUUUUGAACUAUUUGUAGUUCGCUGGGUCGGGGGUUCUGGAGAUGUCAUGUUUGUUUUUCCAUGGAAACCCCUGAAAAUACAGACUAAUUCCAUGCCUAUUCUCUGUAACUUUCUGGCACAAUCAACUAAAAACAACAGUUGUAGCAGAUUUGCAGUUACCAUGUGAGGCAGGCCCACUGUUUUUUCUUUAACUCCUCUCAUCGUGAUGCGACACUGCUCUCCCAGUAGCGUUUUAGCUCCAUGAGAUGAAUUCCCCUGAAACAGUGGUUCCCAGCCUGUAUCAAGAUGUCUUUAUGGAAUGAGCACAAAAAUAUGACAAAGUAUACAGGAUUUAACUUUGUCUUAGCUCUUUGCUGUUUGUACUUCAAGAUAGCACCAAGUUUUAGGAUAUCUGAAAAUGGCUCAAGUCGAAAAAAAGAGAAACGUACGGCACACAAUAUGAUGAGGUAACAGGUAAGGGUCUAUAAGUAUGACGUGUAAUACGGCAAAUUAAUUAAGAACCUUUGCCUCACCUGGAAGUACUCAUCCAAUGUAGUAAACACAGAUGUUGAAAAGUAAGGACUGUUUUCUUUAGUUUUGGGAAAUGAAAUUAAAGCCAAACAGCUAUUUUGGAUUGAUAUUUUAUAUGUUGUGGCAGAUGUUGCUUCUUUUAUGAGAAGAGGUAGAAACAUUAUUUUGCCUGCAAAGCUUUUAGGGUAGUACAGUAGCAGAGAAAAAAGUAAUUGUUUCAGAAUGUUGAACUGACUGUUUCCAGGUUUGGGAUAAAACUGAAUCUGUUUCUCCAUGGAUGGACUGUUGAAUCUUCGAAAAGCAGAAACUUUAUGCUUAAUCUUAUUAGUGAUAAUGAAUGUAAAACGUUAUGCAGAACAACAAGCUACACUAAUACUGUUUUAUUAGGGUUUCUUUUUUAUAAAUGAAUGCUUGGCUAAAAACGUCUGGAAAGGUGUGCAGAGCUUCAACAAAACUGUACAGUUUGAAGCCAGCUUGAAGCUUUGAAAAUGUCUUUCCAAAGUGAGUAACACUUUUUAACCACCAAACCUGUAAGGUUGAGGGGUUAUGUGACAUUGUCAGUCUAUUUUAAUUUCUGCUGCUGUGGAUAAACUUGGCACCUCCAAGAGUUAGACUGCUUUUCUAAGUGCACCCCAGUGGAUUGUGUGUUGAAGCCUAGUUUGUAUUUUCCGUCAAAAGAAAAUUCUCUGACCCAUUAGGCCAAUGUCAUAAUCUUAACCAAUGCGCUUAUUGUUUGGUCGUAGGACUUAAAGCUUAGCACACACACACACAGACUGUUUUGUAAAAAAACAUCAAAAUGUGCGGGCUUUAGAAAAAGGCAAUGCCUCUAACCUUGUUUUGUUUGUGUUUGUCUUGCUGUUGUCAUGAGCUUGUACACAAAAGGGCACCUUACUGUGUCCUUAGUCAAAAGCUGACUUAACUGUCAACACCUUUAUCGAUCUGUGCGCACAAAACUUUGCCACAGUUAACUAUAACAUUUUUUUGAGAAAGGUAACUUGUUCAGGGGUAUUGAAGAUUGCGAAAUGGCUUAUCCUGCAGUUUGGUUUUGUUGUGAGGGUCAUCUUCUGAUAGUUUCUGUUCAAAGCUCCCCGUGUGGUGACUCACAGGUGUAUGUCGAAGGCUGCCGGCUGUUGAUCCUCUGAAAUACAUGAAAGCCUUCUACCAAGUUUCGUUGUGUUCGUGUUUAUGUACGUUGUUGAUCGAAGUAUUUGGUGCCUAGAUGAAUACAGACACUCUAUGAGACAUUCUGUAGUUAUUAUUAAUAUAUGUGUGUUUUUCCUUCAAAUUGGGGAUGGUUUGACAUUUGACUGUCUGGGGGGUGUUUUGUGUCAGCACUUAGAUGUCUGUAUAAAUACGGUACACGUUAGACUAAAGGUAACUGUAUUUAGCAAUAGCAUUCAAGAUAUUCCUUAUUCUAGUUAAUGCUGGUUGAUGGGAAAUAAACUUUUGUGAAACAUUUACCUCUUUAUAACAGAUCCGUGAGCUGUGCAGGGCAUGGGCCCCUGAUUGUACAAACACAGCAUUUUUAAUGCCUUUGGCGGAUCGUUUCUCCCAAGUGCGAACUCAAAUGUUGUGCUUUUACAUUUGAUCCUGUCUGUGUCUCAUCUAUUGCUACGACUUUUUUUCACAGUAACAAGAAUUGUUCCUAAAAGUAGGCGCUGAGCUUCUCUCUGUCUGCAAUAAAAGUACAUUUCCUUUAAAAGAUUUCUAUGACAUCUCAUAAGACGAGACUUCUUUUCAUAUCAACCAAAGCCCAAAAAUGUGCAUCUAUAGUUUAUUAUUGCAUAUUUAUCUUUGGUGCAAAACAACAAACAUUUGGCACUGAUUUGAGUGUGGCAUCAUGCCAAACUUAAUUCAGUUUGAAGGGUUUUAGCAGUAAAUGUAUUUAAUUCUUUUUCAUCUAGAAGAAUUGUGAAGUUCAGCUUCACGUUUGAGUUCUAUCCUAAAAGGAAACUAAAAAGUUAGACACAAUGUUCACUCGUCUCUAAUGCUUUGUAAAGUUUCAAAAAGGGAACAAGAACACACCUCCUGUAUAAUUUUAUUUUUUCAUCUCAUUAAUUAUCUUUUUCCUGGAUCUGGCCAUUAUGUCCGUUGAUCUCAUGUGAAUUGGGAAUAGUCCCACUAAUAAAAACUUAACUCAUAAACACCUUUAUCCAUAUCUACAUAGACAGAAGAAGAGAUAUUUAGCACUCUGUAAAGUGGUCAUGACACUUUUUCGUCGUAGCACACUAGAGGCACAGACUUAUGCCAGUUGUAUUUAUAUUUUGGGUCUAAGCUGAUGCCAGACUUUUCAGAGGUCGUUGUACAUAGAGCACAUUUGAUUCAUUUUGCCUUGUCAGCAGCUACUGUGUACAGAUAAAAUGUGCAAACUGUAGGCCAAGGCCUGAUGCAAGACUGUUACCUCGUUUGAGUUUUGACUGCAAAGGACUGUUUACUUCUACUUCUUCUUCUGGAGAAAGCACUUAAUCUAUAUUUGUACCAUUUCAUUUUGUAAUGACAACAGUUGAGGAAUUAAAAAAAGCCACGUUGUUACUGCUGAACCACUUUGCUCUAAACUUUUUCUCUCUGGGGACACAAGGUGUUCCCCUCUCAAUUCUGCAGCUACGAGAGAGCAGAAAACAGUAUAGCUGUGUCCAUUUGUGACUAUAUGUGGCAUAGUUCGGAUUAAUAUUAUGACUAUUAUGACUUUGUGCAAUUCUACCUGCAGCUCUUCGGUGUGUUGUAUGCGUGUGUGAGGGAGUUAUUCUCAGCUGUUAUUAGGAUCAUUGUUGUUGAGUGUUGCUGGAAUUUGUAACAUGAUAUGUGUCAAUAUGAAUACUCAAACAUUUUUCUGUCUGUCAGGUUGGUUUUGUGUUUUGACAUGUGGUGUAUUUCUGGAAAACUCACAUUUUUUUUAUAUCUGCAUACAUUCUUUGCACUUGUUUUUGUUUGAUGCUUCUUUGCUUAUGAUCCAUUUGGUUCUGUUAGACGCAGACACCUGUGCUGCUUUAUUCAACAAAAAACUGUGGACUUUGUGUCAAAAUAAACGUGCUACCCAA